UUUUGCCAACUAUGUUGAGGUGGGGUUCAAAUAUAACCGGAUACAGCUGGAGUUGUACAAUAAUUGGAUGUGAUGUUGUAGAUGAAGGCGUGUGAAAAAAAUGUUUUCUUAGUAUAUAGAACAGGCACCGGGAAAAUAUACAAAUCUGCAACAGGUCUACUUUUCCCAUAGUCCUAAAUAUUGCCUAACAAGUCUAGGGCAGAUUAUGCCCAGGUCGCUAAUUUAAUCAGGCUUAUAUACAACUACACACCUGUUUUCCAGUGUAAUAAAAAACAUAUCUAAUUAAAAUGAUAAAGAAUUCAUAAUAAUGCGCUCAACAAAAAUUUUAUUAUCAUAAACGCUAAUUAAAUCUUCACAAUUGUUGAAGCAAAAUAUAGGUGAAUAAUAUUUUGUUUAGUACUUCCCAUUACCGAACUCACUGUCUGAAACUAAUAACAAUUUUUAUGGUUCCAUAACACUGAAGGAAAAUCCAUCAUUGAUAUUUUAUUUUAGAUCAAUAAAAUAUUAAAAUAAAAUAAAUUUCAUCUUGUUUCAAAAGAAACAAGUUACAUGACGGCAGUUGGAGUACCUUCAGAAAUAAUAUGACACACUUUUUUGCUUCUAAUUUUUUACCUAUUUAAUUAUUUCAAGUAUACAGAGUACACAGUUCAAAGUUACUGUUAUACUGAUACAUGACUACGAAAAGAAUACAGGUUUUGGAGGGUCGCGUGGGAAGGAUAUGAUUCAAAUCAUUACUCGUCUACAAAAAUGGAGAUACAGAACUCACGGUAUGAUGAGGCCAACUCUGUUUCAACCGGUAUUUUUUCCUGCAUAACCUCUAAUUAUUAAAUUAAAAAUUCAUUGACUUCAUCUUUUUGCCAAAGUAUAUAAAUUGAGUAAGUCCCCGUAAAUAAACACUUGUUUAGUGCCACACAAAGUAAACAGAAGUAAAUUAAAAUGUGGAAUUUCAAAGUGUUAUUGUUGACCAGUGCCAUUUUCGCGAUUUGCGAGUCUGCGGCCAUAAUUGACAAAGUAAAUAAAAAGUGUAGUAUAAAUGACAACGCUUGUCUGCAAGAUCUAUAUACAGUAAUUUUAGACGACAUAGCGGAUAAUGGGGUUCCAGAAAUGGAUAUUCCUAAAUUAGAUCCCUACGCUUUAAAGAAUAAAGAAGUUGAAGUACUCGGAAUGAUUAAAGCGACAAUGAUUGAAGGCUAUGCAAAAGGUUACAAGAACUGUAAAACAACUAGUUUCAGCAACAACAUUCAAACACAGCGUACUUACGUAGAAUUGGUAUGUGAACCCUUUGCUGUCGAAGGAAGCUACAAGAUUGAAUCAACUCCUACACUCUUGGCACUCAUUGGCGGUAUCAAUAUCCAUGGUCAAGGAAAAGGUGGACUUGUUAUUGGGAAAGUAAAACUGAAUCUAGAUUUUGCAUUCGAAGUGAAGAAACUUGACGAUGGUGAGCUCCAUUUCCAAGUAGAUCCUGAAGAUUCUGUGUACACAUUUGAAGUACUGGACAAAAUUACCUUCUCUGGUGACAGUUUAUUUAUUGGGAAACAAGAUAUUAGUACCGUCGCAGUAAACAUCGGCAACGAAAACUGGGAAUUUCUCGCCAAGUCCUUUGGAAAACCUGUCCUAGAUAAGGCUCUGGAAGUUUUCUAUGUGAACUGUAAUAAGUUUUUAAGCAAAGUUCCUAUUAAAGACUUGAUCACUGACGAUUUAUCAUCAUACGCUAAGAUCUAAGAUAGAUUGAAGACUCAAUGCUGAAUCCAAACGGUAUUAAAUUGUUAUCCGUCCUAAUAUUAAGUAAUGUAAAACGUAGUAAAAUUACCUAUCGAAAAAAAAAAUAAAAACAAAAUAAAUUAUUUGAAAAUUUUAAUAAA